CGCAGUCGUUGCUGUUGACCAUGACGACUCGCGCUGUGGUGGCAGCGCAAGUUUGCAGCGAGCGCCGCCCCGCCGCUGUCCUGGCAGCCUUCGUGAGACAGACUCUGCAAUCCGAAGCGAGUCGGCUCGGUCGAGAAGAGGAGUGGCGGACGGGAAAUGCCUGGCCGGUCGGCAAGCAGGUGCACUCGCAACGACAAAGCCGCCUGUCUUCCGAUCCGUACAUGUACAGCUAUGCUUGACUACCGAAACGACGGGAUCACGACGACGACCGAGUAAACGAUGCCGAACGUCCGCAGCGAGCAGCGCUGAGGAGCCCGCCGCCAGCUUUCGCCAAUCGACACUGUUCCAAAGGGAUCCACGCCAAUCGGCGGCUGCUCCACGCAACGCAUGGCCUGUGUGUGCGCAUCGGGACCUCUCCCUCUUCUCUGCGCGUUGUUCUUUUGCGCCUAGCGCAACUCAAGGCGCCCUUGUGCUGGUUAGCACGCGGCCGGCACGCCGGCGGCGACUAUCAACAGUACAAGAGACGCGACCAGACUUACGGCUAUCGACCAGAUCGCUCAACUUGCUUCUGCAUGGGCAAUAUGCCGCUCGAUUCGAGUCGUACUUGAUCUUUGUAAGUCUCUCAAGAUUCAGAAAUAGUCUAAACCAUGGUUUUAUGCUACAGAAAAGGGAGUCAUCACUCGAUCGUGUUGCUGACAUCGGUUGAGAGAUACGACGUUGGGCUGCAAGUAUCCGUUCGUCUUGGUGGUCCCCGGUGCUGUGGCUGUGGCAACUUAAUGCCGUCGCAGAUUCGACUCGGACACGCCAGCCAUUCUCGGCGCGGUUGACAUCCCAUCAGCUCAUCCAAUUCGAUAGUAGCAUACUCGUACGUAGGCGACGUUACUGCUUCGAGCCCCACGUUGCACCGACCAGCAAACUCAUAGCACGCGUCCAACAGCAGCAACAACCACUUGCUGCUUUGCCUAAGUGAUCUGCUCGCCCGGUUGCACUUGUCUUCGCACGUGGAUCGGCCAGGUACAAUAGCUGCGUGUCCUCGACCCCCAGCUCAAGAACUCAAACGCCUCGACCAACCAGACUCCGUAAUGCUGAUGGAGCACCGCCACACACAAGGACGACCGAGCUGGACGUCUUCAGUAUACUCAACCACGCCGUCGACGACGGCCACGACCGGCACCUCAUUAAUCUACGACGUGCUGCGUCCGGCCACCUAUUCGAGCGAGAAUUCGCAAUACCAGUCACAGCAGCAGCAUUCGCAGUACUCUCAGGAUCAGGAUAACACCUACCGAUAUGCAUACAAUGAGCCCCCGCGCCCUGCAUUCACGCCGUUGCCUCCACCGCCACGCGACGACCAGCUCGCCAGUCGGCUGCGGUAUCCGCCGCCCAGUUUGCCGCGUCCGAUGAUCGGCGGAUCCCUGUCGCCUCAUUACAGGACGCUAGAUAAGACUUCGCCAAUGUCGGCCGUUGUCACGCCCGCCUUCGUGGUCGCCAAGCCUGGAGGCCUCGCCACACCCAAACGCGCCACGGACGAAGAGCGACGUGCGAAGCAUCGGGAAGCCCAGCGGAGGUUCGUUAAGCGGAAGAAGAUCGAGAUGCUUCAACUGAAGCAGUUGGCGGUGGAGCUCGAGAAGCGACACGAUCUACUGCAAGUGGUGAGCGAACGCGAGGCUCUGGCCCGCGAGAACCAGAUUUUGAUGCAGCAACUAGAAGCACAGAAAGAGGAGGCUUGCGAGUCCCCGACGAGUACGAAUCAGAAGGAGGUCCCAGUAAAGGAGGAAGGCCCGGAGAAAGAACACUCACGUCCAGAGAUCAAGUGGAAGGCGCAGACAUUCGAGUGGUGAGCUACUUCCGAUUCAGAACGCCCCUCAAAUAAAGUUACUGCUGUUGAUACAUGUAGCACACAAAGGCAAAUGGUGAGUAUCCAAGACCAUCCUCCUCAGCCAGUACUCGAAAGCUUUCUACGCAGCAAAUCCCGAUUAAUCUUCCCCCGUCUUACUCACCUCCGCCAGUACAACGCAGGUGUAGCUUAUCGAUCUAAGGAUCCAUGGUUUGGCGCGAAAACAUUUCCUUGGCAAUGAUCAUGCGCUGAAUUUGAGACGUGCCCUCGUAGAUCUGGUAAAUCUUGGCGUCGCGGAACAGCUUCUCGACAGGGUACUCGGUGUUGAAACCAGCGCCGCCGAAGAUCUGAAUGGCAUCCGUGGUCACCUGGUUGGCGUGGUCGCCAGCGAAGCGCUUGGCCAUGGACGCGUACAUUGUGUUCUUGCGGCCACAGUCGAUCUCGUACGCGGCCUUGUACGUCAACUGACGGCCAGCUUCAAUACCCGUAGCCAUGUCGGCCAGCAUGAACUGGAUGGCCUGGUGCAUAGCAAUAGGUGCGCCCAUUGUCUUGCGCUCUAGUGCGUACUUACGGGCCUCAUCGAAGGCACGACGCGCCAGUCCGACAGCACCGAUGGCCACGGGCGGACGGGUGAUGUCGAAGGCUUGCAUGGCGAUCUUGAAGCCGUAGCCGACGUCGCCCAGCACGUUCUCCUCCGGCACCGCGACAUCUUCGAAGGUGAUGCCGCGAGUGUCAGAGCAGCGCUGGCCGAUGUUGAUUUCUUUGCGGCCAACGCUAAUACCGGGCGUAUCGGCGUCCACGAUGAAGCCCGUGAAGGCCGAGCCGGCGUUGGCGUUCGGGUCCGUUUUGGCCAGCACGAAGUACCACUUGGCCACACCGCCGUUGGUGAUCCACAUCUUGGAGCCGUUGAUAACCCACUUGUCUCCCUUCUUGACGGCCGUCGUCUUGGCACCGGCCACGUCCGAGCCGGCGCCAGGUUCGGUGACACAGUAGGCGGCCUGCACGGGCUCCUCCACGAGACGGCCCAGGUACUUUCGGUUUUGUUCGUCUGAGCCGGCCACCAGCAGCGGAGCUGUGGCCAGGCCGUUAGCCUCCAUGGCUGUGGCCAUACCUGUGCAGCCGUAGGCCAGCUCCUCGCCGAUAAUGCAGCCGUCCAACGAGCCAAGACCCAGGCCGCCGAACUUCUCAGGCACGUGUGUGUUGACGAGGCCCAGUUCCCAGGCCUUCUCGAAGAUCUCCUGCGGGUACUCCAUGGUCUGGUCAUAGUGUCUCUCCUUUGGGAUCAUUUCUUCGCGUGCGAACUUGCGGGCCAACUCCUGGAACUCGCGCUGGUCGUCCGAUAGCUUGAGCGAGAAGGCCGAGAACUUGGAGUCGUCAAUGUGCUGGCCCAGCGCAAAGCUGCGCGUGCCCGUCGGGCGCAGUAGGCGCGAGGCUUGACGGAGUGACUUGGCUGGCAACAUCGUUGGCAAAGGACGUUAGAUUCUCAAAUGGGCCGAGUUCAUCAAGAUCUUAUUGCUGACGUCAAUGUCCAAGUGGAGAACCGACGUGAACUGUAAGACUUUAUGCAGUGAGUGUUUUUUUUUUGAUUGAGGGAAGCAAUCAAUUAAUUAAGAAACCUGUGAUUAAUGAUAAUGUGAGAACUAAUAUCACUAAAGAAGCUCACCAA